CGCGCACAACAGUGAAGCUGUACUCUCCUUGUGGCAUUUGCUUGUUCACUUGAGACUUGCAGACCGCGCAGGCGACACAAAUACACAUUGCGCCUAAUUCCAGCUUCCUCGAGCAUCCCAAGAGCAACCGUUCAGCGCAUCCGCGAUGACGGAACCCUUUCCCCCUCUCAACGGCGCACUGCCACCAAGCGCCGGCGGAGGAAUCGCGAGAAGAAGGAGAAAGAGCAGUGGUCUGGGUGCUGAUGUGCCUGGAGACGUCGAUGUGCCCAGUUUUGCGACGAGCACGAGACUUGAUGGGAUUAACAUAAAGAGCCCUGUGGAGCUGAAGUCAGACAAGCCCCGGCGCUCGAAACGCCGUACCGUCCGCCGCGGUCUUUCCAAGUUCAAGCGCGCAUGCAUACGACACACAUGGCUGCUACCGCUCAUCCUCCUCCUCGCGAUCGUCGCGCUGUAUUUUGUCAACCCGCACCCCUCGAACCCGAUCGCGGCUUGUCUAUUCCUCUCGUACCCACUUCCACGCAACGACCCUCUAGUCCCCGCCUCCGUCCGAGCAGACCCCAAUGCGCCGACACACUACGGCAAGGGCGCGCGGGACUUCGCAUUCGUCGCCUUCUACAUCAUUGUUCUGACCUUUACGCGCGAGUUCUGCAUGCAGCGCCUCAUCCGUCCCAUCGCCGUUGCCUGUGGGAUCAAGGGCCGGGCCAAGCAGAGCAGGUUCAUGGAGCAGGCAUACACCGCGCUGUACUUCGGUUUGUACGGACCGUUCGGCAUUUGGGUCAUGAGUCGCAGCCCCGUGUGGUACUUCAACACUACUGGCAUGUACGACGGCUUCCCACACCGCACGCACGAGGGCGUGUUCAAAGCGUACUAUCUCCUGCAGGCCAGCUACUGGGCCCAGCAAGCCAUUGUCCUGCUCCUUAUGCUGGAGAAGCCGCGCAAGGACUUCAAGGAGCUGGUCGCGCACCACAUCAUCACCCUCUCGCUCAUCUGGCUUAGCUACCGCUUCCACUUCACCUACAUGGGUAUCGCCGUGUACAUCACUCACGACAUCUCCGACUUCUUCCUUGCCACCAGCAAGAUCCUCAACUAUGUCGACAGCCCUAUCGUCGGCCCUUACUUCUUCGUCUUCAUGUGCGUCUGGGGCUACCUGCGCCACUUCAUCAACCUCAAGAUCCUCUACUCCAUCCUCACCGAGUUCCGCACCGUCGGACCCUACGAGCUCAACUGGGAGACCCAACAGUACAAGUGCUGGAUCAGUCAGUACAUCUCGUUCGCGCUGCUGGCGUCGCUGCAGGCCGUCAACCUCUUCUGGUGGUUCUUCAUCUGCAGAAUUGCAUACAGGUUCAUUGUGUACAAGGAUGCGGAUGACGACCGCAGCGAGUACGAGCCUAGUGAGAGUGAGGAAGCGGAGAGGAAGGAGUUUGUCAAGGAGAACGGCGAUGUUGCUGGGAACGGAGUGAAGAGGACCAUCUCGAACGUCGAUGCACCCAGCACCCCCGUACAGACCAAGGAGGCAAAAGACCCGGAGACUAUUGGGUCGAGGGUCAAGCAGAGGAAGAAGGGCGGCCAGUAAGCGUAAUCUACGACUUACCUGACUCUGGGUAGGGGAGUGCAGAACGGGCCAAGGAGAGAGCAGAGAGCACACGGCAGAAGAACAAGGGGACAAGGAAGAUCUCAUAGCGAGCGUAUAGCCUGGAGCAGGGUUCGCGGCGGAUGAUCUGAUUGAUUGGAAAAUACCUGAGCAAUGGUUCUCUGUACCAUGGACGGAUGAAAAAGUUCGUUCUGCUUGGAAUGUGACGCAGCGGAUUAAAGGGGCUACAUACUUGUAAUUCAUGAGCUUGAUGACGAUGAGCAAUGAACUUCGACAGGGUACUGUUCAUCCUUGAGUACGCGAAGCGGUGAGGACCUGAUGUGUCAGGUCCAGUGAAGGGCUGCCACCACAGUCGACCGGGCUGUUCCGCAGGAAUCUAGGAGCUGUGCAUCGAGAUU